AUGGUCACACUGCAAUACAUUAACCUGAUCAAUUUUGUUUAUUGUACCUUAAUUUGUUUAAUUACAGGAUCAGGUGUGACUAGUUUAGGACACUUUGAUGGAGAUAAUACAGACAAAGGAUUACAAAUGAUGGUUGCAUCUGUAAACCACCUUUCCAAGUCAGCGUGCAAAAGUGGGAGGUUUGAGCUUCACUUGUUUGGAGGAUUUAUUGAUGAUAAUCAAACUUCUCAGAGAUUGACAACAUGCAUCUUAGGAGCAAUACAGAAUCAGAAUGAGCCUAUCCAUUUAUGUUCAGCCUGUGUCACAGGUAAAUCAGAACAUGUAAGCCAUCUAAACCAAGGUGGUUCGAUAGUCUGUAUUAACAUUCAAGAUGGUGAGGUUUACCCAGCAUUAUUUCUGGACAAGGGCCCUGAUGAAUGUGUCCGACACGCCCGUAUAUUUGGAGGCAUUCGAGGAAUGGUGGAAAUUUAUAAUUCAACUUACAAAGAACUGCGAAUCAUGCCAUAUGAUUAUCAGAACGGGUUGAGUCCAGAAUACUUGAAGGUCUUUCGCGAUGCACCUGAAGAGUUCAUACUAAAGAAUCUCUCGACAUCUCCACACUGUGAACCUCCGGACUUUGUGUCUAACACCAGAGCAGCUUUUGAUCAUAUUCUUACUCAUCCGGAGCCUUUGAUCACUGUGUUUCCACAAGGAAAGCCACGGGUUUACAAACGACUGGAUAGUAUGGAGCAUUGGACCCGUGUCAUCAGUUAAUAUACUUAACCCCCCCCCCACCCCCCUCUUUUUUAAAUGUCUUUGAAUUUUUUGCGCAGCAACUGAAAUAGCACGACGUACAGGUGUUAUAUAAGAAAAUGAAGGAAGAAACACUUACUACAUUUGCAAUAGUUACUUUUCUUUUCUUCGACGACUUAAUGAAUUAUAGGUAAUUAUCAAUGAGUUUGAGAAAAACAAAUGAACAAGAUUAGAAUGAUAUUUGUGUAGGUUUCAGACAAGAUCAGCAAGACUACCGAUAAAAAAAACUGACUUAAAGCACCUGGACAAAAUGAGUCUAAAACUUAGUCCGGAGCAGGGGCCUGUUUCUCGAAAGCUCCCGUAAAUACCGGGCCCGAUAACUUACCGGGCCGGUUAACGGGAAACUUUACCGGGCCCGAAAUAGCGUUUCUCGAAGCACCCGGAAAUUUUCCCGGUACUUACCGGGCCCGACAAAAUAGCGGGUUGUCACCAAUCUCUAGCGCGCGCUUCACGCUCGUUCGCGAGAGAAGGAGAAACACUUGGAACUAUACGUACAGAUUCGAUUCGGAACGAUUCUGUUGUCGUUGCGACUGUUAUGCUUUUUGAAGAACACUGCGAAGUUUAACU